AUGAAUUUGGAUGACCCAUUCAAUGAUAAAUACAUCGAACAGGAUCUUGAUGAUAGUAAUGACCCUUUCAGAGACCCAGGCUCUUCUUCCAAUAAUAGACCUACUGGUUUAUUUUCCAAUGUUAGACAGAAAUUAGGGCUGGGAAAUGAAUAUCAAGAUGUUGGAAUCCCAUUAACAGACUAUCCAAGCCAUGAUGAUCCUUUUAGAGACCCAACUUCAACACAAAGAGACGAUAGACCUCCUCCAGACAGAGACUUGAAUGAGGAUGAAAGAAACAUGUUUGAUAUUCGUCGUCUUUAUGACAAGAUACGUGGCCGUAAACGUUCAAUAAAUGUUGAUAAAGGCCCAAGAAUAAUUCAUUUGAAUGAUAAAACUUCAAAUGCUGCAUUCGGUUAUGGUGAUAACCAUGUCUCCACAACAAAAUAUAAUUUUGCAACUUUCUUGCCAAAAUUUUUGUUUCAAGAAUUCUCCAAAUAUGCAAAUUUAUUCUUUUUAUUCACUUCAGUUAUUCAACAAGUCCCCAAUGUUUCACCAACUAAUAGAUACACUACAAUUGGUACAUUGAUGGUGGUCUUAUUAGUCUCUGCAUUGAAAGAAAUACUGGAAGAUUUGAAAAGAGCCAAUUCUGAUAAAGAACUAAAUUCAUCAAAAGUUGAAGUCCUAUCUCCAGAUCACGGUGAAUUCAUCACUAAGAAAUGGAUUAAUGUUGCUGUAGGUGACAUUGUUAGUGUGAAAUCUGAGGAAGCUAUUCCAGCUGAUUUAAUAUUGUUAACAUCUUCAGAACCUGAAGGUUUAUGUUACAUUGAGACUGCUAAUUUAGAUGGUGAAACCAAUUUGAAAAUUAAACAAGCUAGAGAGGAAACAUGUCAUUUAGUCUCUCCAACAGAUCUGAUAGCUAUGAGAGGUAAAAUUUUGUCAGAACAACCAAACUCAAGUCUUUAUACCUAUGAAGGUAAUUUGAACCUAUACAACAAAGAAUAUCCAUUAUCUCCAGAGCAAAUGAUUUUAAGAGGUGCUACUUUAAGAAAUACAGCUUGGAUUCAUGGUAUUGUUGUCUUUACUGGUCAUGAAACAAAAUUAAUGCGUAAUGCAACUGCUACUCCAAUCAAGAGAACAGCUGUGGAGAGAAUUAUUAAUUUACAAAUUGUUGCAUUAUUUGGUAUGUUGAUUGUGUUGGCAUUGAUUUCAUCAAUUGGUAAUGUCAUUCAAAUUACUGCUGAUGCUAAACAUUUGAAAUAUUUAUAUUUGGAAGGUCAUAGUAAAGCUGGAUUGUUUUUCAAAGAUUUGUUGACUUAUUGGAUUUUAUUUUCUAAUUUGGUUCCUAUUUCGUUAUUCGUUACAGUGGAAGUUAUCAAAUAUUAUCAAGCAUAUAUGAUUGCAUCUGAUCUAGACAUGUAUCAUGCUGAAACUGAUACACCAACAGUUGUGAGAACUUCAAGUUUGGUUGAAGAACUGGGUCAAAUUGAAUAUAUUUUCAGUGAUAAGACCGGUACUUUGACUAGAAACAUUAUGGAAUUCAAAUCUUGUUCAAUUGCAGGUCAUUGUUAUAUUGAUGAUAUACCCGAAGAUAAACAUGCUAAAAUAAUAGAUGGUGUCGAAAUUGGAUUCCAUGACUUUAAAAAAUUACAAGACAAUUUAGCAACAGGUGAAGAUGCUAUGAUCAUUGAUGAAUUCUUACUUCUUUUAGCCGCAUGUCAUACUGUUAUUCCUGAAGUUCAAAGUGAUGGAUCAAUUAAAUAUCAAGCAGCUUCACCAGAUGAAGGUGCUUUAGUCCAAGGUGGUGCUGAUUUGGGUUAUAAGUUUACUGUUCGUAAGCCAAAAUCAGUUGGUAUCGAGAUUCACGGUCAAUAUCAAGAAUAUGAACUAUUGCAUGUUUGUGAAUUCAACUCCACAAGAAAGAGAAUGUCUGCCAUCUUCAGAUUUCCAGAUGGUUCCAUCAAGUUAUUCUGUAAAGGUGCCGAUACUGUCAUCUUGGAAAGAUUGGGUGAAGAUAAUCCUUAUGUGAGCGCUACAACACGUCAAUUGGAAGAUUAUGCUGCUGAGGGUUUGAGAACCUUAUGUAUUGCUUCAAGAACUGUUCCAAAUGAUGAAUACGAAUCUUGGGUUAAGACCUAUGAAGCUGCAGCUACUGAUUUAAAUGAUAGAGCUCAAAAGUUGGAUGAUGCUGCUGAAUUAAUUGAAAAAGACUUAUUCUUGUUAGGUGCUACUGCUAUUGAAGAUAAAUUACAAGACGGUGUCCCAGAUACUAUCCAUACUUUACAAGAUGCAGGGAUCAAAAUUUGGGUGUUGACUGGUGAUCGUCAGGAAACUGCCAUCAAUAUUGGUAUGAGUUGUAAAUUAUUGAGUGAAGAUAUGAACUUGUUGAUUGUGAAUGAAGAUAGCGUGGAAGCAACAAGGGAGAAUUUGAUUUCAAAGUUGAGAGCUAUUAGAGAAUACAAAAUAUCUCAAAAUGAAAUAGAUACGCUAGCUUUGGUUAUUGAUGGUAAAUCUUUGAGUUAUGCACUUGAUGAAUGUGACGACCUAUUAUUGGAAUUAGGAUGCCUGUGUAAAGCUGUCAUUUGUUGCAGAGUUUCACCUUUGCAAAAGGCACUUGUUGUGAAGAUGGUUAAAAAGAAAAAGAAAGCUUUAUUAUUAGCAAUUGGUGAUGGUGCCAAUGAUGUUAGUAUGAUCCAAGCUGCUCAUGUUGGUGUUGGUAUCAGUGGUAUGGAAGGUAUGCAAGCUGCAAGAAGUGCCGAUUUUGCUAUUGGACAAUUCAAAUAUUUGAGAAAAUUGUUGUUGGUUCAUGGUGCUUGGAGUUAUCAAAGAAUCAGUCAAGCAAUUCUAUAUUCUUUCUAUAAAAAUAUUGCACUUUACAUGACCCAGUUUUGGUUUGUCUUUUUGAAUUGUUUUUCAGGUCAAUCAAUUAUGGAGUCAUGGACUUUGACAUUUUACAAUGUUUUCUUCACUGUGUUGCCACCUUUCGUUAUUGGUGUCUUUGAUCAAUUUGUUUCCGCAAGACUAUUAGAUCAAUACCCACAAUUAUAUCAACUAGGUCAAAAAGGUACUUUUUUCAACGUUACAAUCUUUUGGGGUUGGGUUGGUAAUGGAUUUUUCCAUUCCGCAGUUAUCUUUGUUGGUAGUAUUUUGUUUUAUAGAUUUGACAAUGCCUUACAUGGAGGUCAAACAGCUGAUCAUUGGACUUGGGGUACCGCAAUUUAUACAGCCUCUGUCUUGACAGUUUUAGGAAAGGCUGCAUUGAUAACAAACUCAUGGACGAAAUUCACACUAAUUGCCAUUCCAGGGUCGUUUGCAUUUUGGUUAGUCUUUUUCCCAGUUUAUUCAACAGUUGCCCCAUUGGUUAAUGUUUCUAAAGAAUAUGUUGGUGUCUUAGCACAUUUGUAUACAAGUGCAACAUUCUGGGCUAUGGUUUUUGUCUUGCCUGUUUUAUGUCUGUUGAGAGAUUUCGCUUGGAAGUAUUACAAGAGAAUGUAUUACCCAGAAAGUUAUCAUUAUGUUCAAGAAAUUCAAAAAUACAAUACUGCCAAUUAUAGACCAAGAAUUGAGCAGUUCCAGAAAGCUAUUAGAAAAGUUAGACAAGUUUCAAGAAUGAGAAAACAAAGAGGUUUUGCUUUCUCUCAAGACGAGGGUGGUCAAGAAAAAUUAAUCAGAAUGUACGAUACUACAAGAGCCAGAGGUCAAUAUGGUGAGAUGAGAGAUGCAGAACUAAGUUGA